GCGAGCGCGAGCGCGAGCGCGAAUGAGCGCGAAUCGCUGCUCGCGCGAGAUGGGAAGGAUGCGGACGGCGAACUCGCGCGAGAUGCGACGCCGACCGAGAAGAAGAGCGACGGAAGGACGGAAACGCCGCUGUCGAUCAAGGUGUUGAGCAUGGUGUCGUACUUGUUCCUGCAAGUGGCGGGAACGAUAUUCGCGAGUCUGAGCCGGAACAGUGAUGAUGAUUAUCCGUACGAUACCGUGGUGCUGGCGUUCACGAUGGAGUCGGUGAAGCUGGUGUUGUCGUUCAUCUUUUUGACGACGUCGCGGGCGUGCGGAGGAGUCGAAGAAGUGACGUGGAGCGCGAAACGCUUCACCUCGUUUGCGCUUCCCGCGCUGUGCUAUUUCGUCGCGAAUAACUGUAUGCUCCUCAUCAUACAAGAACUGGGGCCGUCGACGUAUCAGAUCAUGAAUAACUUGAAAAUUUUAAGUACCGGGGUGCUGAUGUGGACGCUGCUCGGGCGGCGGUUAACUUCGUUGCAGUGGAGAGCGCUGUUCUUGUUAUUAUUGGGAUCUGUCACGGCGGAGAUCACAGAUUCUAAUCAGUUACGCGGGAGUGUGUAUGGGUACGUGCUUGUGGUGAUAAACACGUUCAUCGCUGCGUCCGGGAGUGUGUUGUCGGAGAAGCUGCUCAAGGGCAGCAACCAAGACGGGGCGACGGAUAGCAUUCAUUGGCAGAAUAUGCAACUGUACUUUUGGGGCGUGAUUUGUGGUGCGAUUCCAAUAGUUUGGAAAGGAGAAGCGUUAAAGAAUGGACUUUUUACCGGAUUCAACUUUUAUGCUUGGGUAAGUUUGGUCGUCCUGUCGUUCGGCGGGUUGGCAGUGUCUUUCAUUCUGAAGUACCUGGACAACAUUUACAAAUGUUUUGUGUCCGCGCUGUCGAUGCUCGUGGUCGCCAUCAUUCACGUAUGUAUCGAACACGAGACGAUGCCGCUGCGAAUAAUCAUUAGCAUCGCACUAGUGAGUUUGGCGAUGGAAUUGUACACAACGGGCGCGGCAACGUGA